CGGGGCUGGGCUUCGCGCGUGCGCGGAAGGCAGCUGAGGGGCGGGGACGUCGCGGCGGGGCUGACUGGCUUGAGCGUUCGAGGGCAAGAUGCAGGACCCCAACGCAGACACUGAGUGGAAUGACAUCUUACGCAGGAAGGGCAUCCUGCCCUCGAGGGAAGACCUGAAGGACCUGGAGAAGGAGGUGGAGGAGGAGGAGCAGCGGGUCCUCCAGCAGUCAGUGGUGAAAAGGUAUGACGAGAUGACUCUGGAGGAGCUGGAGGAUAAUGAAGAUGAAUUCAAUGAGGAGGACGAACGGGCUAUCGAAAUGUACAGGCAGCAAAGGCUGGCUGAGUGGAAAGCGACCCAGCUGAAGAAUAAGUUUGGAGAAGUUUUGGAGAUCUCGGGAAAGGAUUAUGUUCAAGAAGUUACAAAAGCCGGUGAGGGCUUGUGGGUGGUCUUACACCUUUACAAACAAGGGAUUCCUCUCUGUGCCCUGAUAAAUCAACACCUGAGUGGACUUGCCAGGAAGUUUCCUGAUGUCAAAUUUGUCAAAGCCAUUUCAACCACCUGCAUACCCAACUAUCCCGAUAGGAACCUGCCCACGGUGUUCGUCUACCUGGAAGGUGACAUCAAGGCUCAGUUCAUCGGGCCUCUGGUGUUUGGCGGCAUGACCCUGACGAGCGAGGAGCUGGAGUGGAAGCUGUCGGAGUGCGGAGCCGUCAGGACGGACCUGGAGGAGAACCCCAGGAAGCCCCUCGAAGACGCACUGCUGUCCUCAGUGCGGUGCUCUGUUCCCACGAGGAGGGACAGUGACUCUGAGGGAGACUAAGCCACGACUGGCGUGAUUUGCUGAAUUUCCUUGAUGUGACAAAUCAACUGAAUUAUUAUUAUUAUUUUUUUUUUAAAGAAGAAAGAGCUGGCCUGUGCCUGUAGUGCUGGGUACCGAGGAGGCUGGGGAGGAUCCCAGAGCCCAAGUUGAGACACGUCUGGGCAACUGGCGAGGCCCCUCUGAGAACAGAAAAGAAAGAAGCGAGCAGAAUGAACCCUUUGGUUUUAAGCCUUUUUAUGAUUAUGUUCCAUAUAUUGUACAUUUUAGAAACAAUCAUUGCUGGGAAGUCUAUUCAAUGUCUUGGCACUUUUUUUAAAAAAAAUAGCAUUUUUUUAUAAAAAAAAUCAGAACCCGUUACUGGUAUGGCAAAUAUGUCUGUUUUUCCACUUACAUUUUAAGUAAGCCAUAAAACUAUGUGUUCUCUAUUUUUUCAUGUGUGAUUAUGUAAAAAGGAUAUGAGUUUUUUUUAAAAAUGUGAAUAAAUGGUAGUGGAAAUAUCACGAACUAAGCUUUAUAGUUACAUUAUAUAUUUGAUAAAACUAGCAACAAUUAUCAACACAUAUGAUGAUCUUCAGGGAAAAAUCUUUGUUUUAUCCUGCUGAGAAUAAAUAGACAAUUCUUGUAAAACGUUUUAUCAAAGCAAUAACUGACAGGUUUUGAUUUACUGUCAUUUCUUCAAGUGUUUUUUUUUCUAGUUAAAAUGUUUACCUCAGACUGUUGAGAUAGCAGGAAAUCUUGAUUACUGUAAAAGGCCACAUUAAAUUCUUUUUUUGGAAAUAAAACUUAAGCACUCA